CUCGCACAGGCCGCUGACCUCGACUCUCGAGUUCACUAGUGACCCGACCUCGAUAUACCUUUGAACACUUCACUCGUACCCUUCUCGCGCCCUUCGUUGUAGAAACACAGCUUAGCCCUUCUAGACUCUAAAAGGUGGCUCCGACGCACGCACGCACCACCACCAACAAGAAUUCAUCGGUCAGCAAGCCACACCCCCGGACCGCCGAGGUCCGGAUUCAGCCCGAGGCGGCCAAACAAGCAUUUGUUGCACCCCUCGUCAUCGCAAGCAGUCAGAUGAUCGAUGUGAUUCGCGCCGCGAGUAGUGUUCAAUCGUGAAUCGUUAAGCAUCACAGUUGCGCACACCCCGGCAAAGGCAACCAUCGCCCCUAGAGUAAGAGAGUCACGAGACCAUGUCGCCUGCUGCUUUAUCGAUGCCAGAAAGGGAUCCCGAUUCAAGCAGGAAUAGCGCCUCCCAUAGCAUUGCGGAGGAGGAGAGGGCUUGGCGAACAGUGACGGGUAGUGGAGGAGUCGGAAGCUCAUCAGCUCUGAGUCCAAACGCUGCUACUGCCAGCUCAUCUGCAGUCAGGACGGGCAGAUCAGGGGGUGGAAGGAGCGAUGUAGACGAUGAUGCGCUUGAUGAGAUCAGACGUUACGAGUCUUUUUCAACGGUAGAUUGGAUCGCUGAUUCUCGAAGAGAGCGAGCGCGUCUAGCGCGCCAGAGACUUGCAGAGGCCAAACUGCAAUCCGACCUUCAGGGACUACAGAGCGGAGGAAGUACAGCUUGGGGACCUCAGAAUCGCUUCAGAGGCAAUGGGGGGUUCGCUGGCGGGAGGAUACCCACGUGGUGGCCCGAAGGGCCUUGGGGGAGGAUCGCCUGGAAGUGUUGGCUGCUCAGCAAACAAGCUGCUAGAGGAGCCACAGAGAGCGCGGUAGUCGUCGGCGUCGGCGUCUUGAUUGGCGUCAACAUGGCGGCCAUUAGCAUAGCUACAGAGUGGGCGUCGGACAUCAAACAAGGUUACUGCAGGUCGGGCUGGUGGCUCAAUCAGAAAUUCUGUUGCUGGGAGAUGAUGGAUCCGGCAGGACCUGGCGGAUCGGCAAUCCCUCCACCAGCUGUCAAGACUGCUGCUGCUGCCGCCGCUGCUGCGACGUCCUCACCUAGCUCCACUGCAGCGCAUGCGGCUUUGGCGAGGAUGGCAGAGCAUGCUGGAAGAGCUGUCGGACUGGUAGCGAAUGCUGGACUUGGGGAGCUGGAGAGAAGAGCUGCAAAUCCGGAAGGAGGAGACUUGAGCGAAACUUGUACAGAUUGGAUUCCUUGGAGUACUUGGACUUUGCCGGCGUGGAUCAUCUACGUGGUGUUUGCUGCAGGUCUCUCAGCGCUUUGUGCACAUCUGGUACGCUCCUUUGCCCCUUACGCCGCUGGACCAGGCAUCGCGGAGAUCAAGUGCAUCUUGGCAGGCUUCAUCAUCAACGGCUUCCUUGGCUUUUGGACUUUCUUGAUCAAGAGUAUAACAUUGCCUCUCGCCAUUGCAUCAGGUCUGAGCGUGGGCAAAGAAGGGCCUGCUGUCCAUGUGGCUUGCUGCAUCGGCAACAUCGUCGCUCAAUUUGUCCGGUCUUUUGAUCGCAGCCAGGCGAGAAUGCGUGAAUUGCUUACCGCAGCUAGCGCAGCUGGUGUCGCCGUCGCUUUCGGCUCGCCUAUUGGUGGGGUACUCUUCAGUCUAGAGGAAAUGGCACACAACUUUCCGGCGUCGACAAUGUGGAGAUCGUUCCUCUGCGCUCUGGCUGCUACUGUCGCGCUCUCUUUCAUGAACCCCUUCCGGACUGGCAAGCUGGUUCUUUUCCAAGUCUCAUACGAUCGAGAUUGGCACUACUUUGAGAUCCUCUUCUUCUCUCUCAUUGGCAUUUUUGGAGGGUUGUACGGCGCAGUGGUUAUAAAAUACAACCUUCAAGUCCAGCAAUUCCGACGAACCAAUCUUGCGGCACAUGGUGUCGCCGAAGCCGUCGUGCUAGCGACGCUGACAGCAUUCGUGGGCUACUGGAACAAAUUUUUGCGCAUAGACAUGAGCGAAAGCUUGGAAAUUCUGUUCAGAGAAUGCGAAGGGGGAGGAGACUACGAUGGUCUCUGCCAAGGCUCUGCACAGUGGAGGAUGGUCAACUCUUUGCUUAUCGCUACCUUCUUGAGACUUGGCUUGGUCAUCUUAUCCUACGGCUGCAAGGUCCCAGCCGGCAUCUUUGUGCCUUCCAUGGCUAUCGGUGCCACUUUUGGAAGAAUGAUUGGCAUCUUGGUCAAGGCGCUCUACACCGCUUUCCCAAACGCGGCCCUAUUCAGCGCUUGCGAGCCGGAUGUCCCGUGCAUAACGCCUGGAACGUACGCUUUCCUAGGAGCUGCGGCUGCCCUUGCUGGUGUCACUCGAAUCACUGUGGCGGUAGUGGUCAUCAUGUUCGAGCUCACCGGCGCUCUCACUUACAUCUUGCCAACCAUGUUGGUAGUGAUGAUCACCAAAGGAGUGGGAGAUCUGUACGGCAAAGGGGGAAUCUCGGAGCAGACCAUCAAGUUUCAAGGAUAUCCUUUCCUGGACAAGGAUGAUCACGUCUUUGGGCUGCCAGUCGGUGACAUCAUGACGCGGUCUCCGGCCUGUCUGAACGGCAAUGAGAUGCGUCUCUCCAAUGUAGAGGCGCGUCUGGCCGAGGGCGCGUACAAGGGUCUACCAGUCGUUCGCUCGACCACCGAUCCCACGCUUCUAGGAUAUGCGGGCAAGACGGAGAUGAGGUACGCGAUUGCCAAAGCGAGACGCACCCGGCCCAACCUGUCCGACGACACCAAGUGCAACUUUACGAGCGACGCGGAUCUCCUAGACGCGAAGGAUGCUGCUGUCGAUCAGCAGCACCUGCCCACUCCGCUUUUGGAUCGAUUUGAGGGCAUACAUGCCGAGGAGCAGGCUCGUGAAGAGCUGUUGGAAGGCGCGGAGAGAUCUCUACUAGGCGCACAUGGCGAAGAUGAUGAUGAGCUUGAUGAAGUGGACGAGUCCAUGGACCAUGAUACGCUCGAGCUUGGCGGCUGGAUGGAGCAGACACCGCUGUGCGUGCAGCCCUCUAUGCCCCUUGAAGUGGUCAUGGAUCUCUUCAAGAAGAUGGGGCCGCGCGUCGUUCUGGUCACACGUCUGGGACGAUUGGUCGGCCUAGUGACGGUCAAAGAUGUCCUCAAGCAUGUGGCAGCACAAGAGCAUGAAGCGCGUCGAGGCGCGUCUUCUUCCUCCGCUUCCUCGCCGAAUCCCGGUGGCGCUGGCGCGGAAGAUCCCAUCUUUGGGGGCGAUUUGGAAUUGGCUCUUUCGGACCUGUACGCGUGGACUAGACGCGUAUUCAAACCCUUGAUCGGUAGAGUCACUCGAUUUGUGGAUGAGCGAUCUGGUAGGGGCACGCGCACUUAUGCAAGCGUCAGAGGAAACGAGUUGCCGCUUUCUCGCGAGCUGCCGAACGAGCCCAAUCACUGGGUUGUCGGGGACGAGUGAAGACAUUUCAAUGUCAUGC